AUGGUCCAACGACCCGGAUGUGAUUGCAAGCCGACAAUCGAUAAUAUUGAAAGAUGGAAUAGCAACGAUAUAGGUCACGUUCGAAAAGCUUACCAACCACGUGCUAACAAGAGGAACAAGGCCAGUUUAAAGGUAUCGAAAUUAAAACGCGAUAGUGUAGUACGUAGGGUGAACGAAUUUGCCGUUUGGCUUAACGAUAAUGAGAAUGUUUCAGCCUUCGAAAUCAAGUCCAGGUUAGAUAAAAUAGACCCUUUGUACGACGAAUUUUAUGAGGUUCAUUUACACAUCGAAUCAUUAGAUAGAAACGAUUAUUCAGAAUUAAAACGCGAUUUUGAGACGAAUUAUUUCGCUGCCGUUGCUUCAGCCAGGGAACGCAUGGCGGUUAUCGCGUCUUCCGGUGACGCAUCGGUGAGCAAUGCUUCAUCGACGGAAAAUAAGACAAGUUUAGUCAAAGAAAACGUACGCCUUCCUGUAAUUCAGUUGCCCACUUUCGAUGGUAAAUACGAGGAUUGGUAUCAUUUCAAGGAAACCUUUGUUGCACUAAUAGAAUCAAAUAGCGCCAUUUCCCAGAUACAAAAAUAUUAUUACUUAAAUACAUGUUUAAAGGGGCCUGCAGCAGAGGUACUUAAAUCUUUGGAAAUUUCACAGCGAAAUUAUCCUAUCGCGUGGAAGUUACUGGAAGAACGGUUUGAAAACGAAAAACUCGUUGUUAACCAUCAUGUUCAAGCGUUAUUUGACAUGCCCUCGCUAAUAAAGGACAAUUUUUCAUCUUUGCGUAGGCUUAUCGAUGAUUUCAAUAAGCAUAUCGGUGCAUUACAACAAUUGAAACAACCCGUUAGUACUUGGGACACUAUACUUAUAUACAUGGUGGUCAAUAAACUGGACACAAAUUUGCGUAAGGCCUGGGAGGAUUCCUUGGAAUCAAAUGACCUUCCAAAAUUAUCUGAUUUAAUGCAGUUUCUAGUUAACAAGUGUCGCGUAUUAGAGACCAUACAAGGGAGCAAAGGGGAUAAAUUUGCAGAGAAAACUGAUAAGGGAGUUAGGAGUAAGGUUGUAAUGAACGUUGCUUCCGACCGAUCUGAAGCAAGAAAUGAUUGUCUAAUAUGCAAUGACAGCCAUUUCAUUUAUAAGUGUCCUGAGCUCGUGAAGUUGACAGUGGAAAAUAGAAUAAAUAAGAUUCGGGAAUUGCGUUUAUGUUUGAAUUGUUUAAAGAGGGGUCAUGCGGCAAGGUUUUGUAAGGCGUCUAGGUGCAGAAUCUGCAAGCGUGCACAUAAUAGCGUGCUACAUCUCCAUCGUGCUAGUACAGAGACGGAUGUCAUUCAAGAUUCCUCCACUGCUGGUAACGAUAUUGAAGAAAGGCUAAAUGCGCAUUGUAACACACGCAACGCCCACGUUUUCCUAACUACUGCUAUAGUUAAGGUACGAAACUCUCAAGGAAAAAAUAUUCCACUAAGGGCUUUGCUUGAUUCGGGGUCAGAUAGUAACUUCAUUGGUAAAGGUGUUUAUCGAAUGUUAGGAUUAAAGCAACAAAGAACAAACGUGUCGGUGUCUGGAAUAGGUCAUGUGGUCAGUAAUAUUCACAACCAAGCCCAAGUAACGAUUGGUUCUAUGUACAAUGACUUUAGUAGAACAUUAAAAUUUUUGAUUAUUAAUGAAAUUACAGCCACCAUACCGUCGGUACGAUUUGACAAAAUUAAUUUCCAAAUUCCGGCCGAUAUUAACUUGGCAGAUGUGGAUUUUAAUGUGCCGGGAAGGGUGGACAUAUUAAUCGGAGCGGAAGUAUUUUAUGACAUAUUAUUAUCGCGUAAACUCGAGUUGGGGAAAAAUAAACCUAUCUUAAGAGAAUCUCAAUUGGGUUGGCUCGUUACGGGAAAAAUUACGCACGAGGAUUUCGUUCAAAAGCGUAAUUGCAAUACUUGUGUUCGAGACGUGAAGCUACUAGGUCAGUUGCAAAAAUUCUGGGAGGUUGAGAAUUUCGAAAUACCUCGCGAAUACGCAAGCGAGAACGAAGAGUGUGAAGUCAACUUUAUUAACACUUCGAGUAGGGACGUCGACGGUAGGUUCAUCGUGCAGCUCCCCCUUAAGGGGUGCGAGUUGGGAGAGAGUGGGGCAACAGCCUUAAAAAGAUUCUUAAGCCUAGAAAGGCGAUUGGCUAGAGAUGUCGUGUUGAAAAACAAUUAUUCGGAUUUUAUGACGGAAUAUCACAAUUUAGGCCAUAUGGAAUUGGUCAAAUCGAUUGACCACCGAAGCGAUAUUGAUGAAGGGGAAUUAAUUUAUUACAUUCCACACCACGCGAUCGUGAAAGAAGGCAGUAGCACUACAAAAUUGCGCGUAGUUUUUGAUGCUAGUGCUCAAACGACAAACGGAAAAUCAUUAAAUGACAUAUUGAGGGUGGGUCCGGUGAUUCAAAAUGAUUUACUUUCAAUAAUGAUGCGAUUUAGGAAACACAACGUAGUGUUAGUAGGCGACAUUGAGAAAAUGUACCGUCAGGUAUGGGUACAAAGGGAUUUUCAAAACCUGCAAAGAAUAAUAUGGCGAGACGAGGAUAAAUUAAAUUUGUACAGACUCAAAACUGUCACUUAUGGUACUGCGCCUGCCUCAUUCUUGUCCACGAGAUGUCUAAGACAGCUAGCGAAUGAAAACAAAAUUAAGUACGAGCACGCGUGUCGCGUAAUUACCGAUGAUUUUUAUAUUGAUGAUCUGAUUACUGGUGGACAGGACGUGGCGGAGGUUGUUGCCCUUAGACUACAAAUAACGAGUAUAUUACGGCAGGGAGGUUUCAAUUUAAGAAAAUUUGGUUCCAAUGAGAUUUCGGUAUUGGAAUCGAUACAGGGCGUAGGCGAUAAGCACGUAAUUAAGGAUGAUAAGGAUACUAAAACUUUAGGGAUUAUUUGGGAGUCUAAAGCAGACAUCAUAAAAUUUGAAAUCGACAACGAGGAAUUAGACACCUUAACCAAACGAAACAUUUUGCGCGCGAUAUCCAAAAUUUUUGACCCCCUAGGACUCGUGUCGCCUGUAGUAAUAUCUGCGAAAAUUUUGAUACAAGGUCUUUGGGCGUUACAGUUAGGUUGGGACGAGGAGAUAUCGGAGAACGUUGGUGAAAUUUGGACGAAGUUCUGGGGUGAAUUGCAAAAGGUAAGAGCGUUGAAAAUACCUCGUCACGUUGUCUUAGAAAGAUUUGAUUAUGUUGAGUUACAUGGAUUUUGUGACGCCUCUGAGAAGGCGUACGGUUGUGCGGUUUACGUCAGAUCGGUGUACGGUAGUGAAGUCAGGGUUGCGUUAUUAUGUGCAAAAUCCAGAGUCGCGCCAACUAAAAGAAUCACGUUGCCGCGUUUGGAGCUUUGCGGAGCUGUGUUGUUGGUUCAAUUGGUUGAGACCGUAAAAAAGAACAUUAAGCUUGCAUUCGCAAGAGAACAUUAUUGGACCGAUUCGAACAUAGUACUAUGCUGGGUAAAUAAGCCUGCGAAUUCGUGGAAAACGUUUGUAUCCAAUCGCGUUGGGAAAAUUCAGGAGCUUACUGAGGCCAGUCAAUGGUCACAUGUAAGCGGUAUACUUAACCCCGCGGAUUUGGUUACACGGGGUGUUUCUGUCGAGACUUUGCAGCAAAAUCGUUGGUUUGAAGGCCCUGAGUUUUUGGAAUCCAUCGAAAUAACGUACUCUUCUAAAGUAAAAAAUGAAACUUCUGAAACAUUGGAGAUGCGAUCGUCAAGCACAGUGUUCACCGCGGUUGUAAACAUAAGCUAUGAGUUAUUCGAAAGAUUUUCAACUCUCACUAAACUAAUUCGUGUGCUAGCAUGGUGUAGGCGGUUUUUCAAAAAUUGUGCCAAGAUUAAAACGAAAGGAGUAUUAACCUGUAGAGAGUUGGCCGAGGCGGGGCUAGUAGUUGUAAAGGCAGUACAGGGAGAAGCCUUUCAGGCUGAAUUAAAAAACAUGAAAGUGGGUAAUGCGAGUGCGGCAGGCAGAUUGUUAAAAUUAAACCCAUUUCUAGAUGACAAUAAUGUAAUUCGUGUGGGGGGAAGGUUGAAGAAUUCUCAAUUGUCGUACAAUAGCAAACAUCCCAUCGUACUACCAAAAAAUCAUAAAUAUGUCGAAUUAUUAAUAAAGCAGGAGCAUGCGAGACUCUUGCACGCGGGUGCUCAAGCAGUCCUGGCAACUAUACGAACGCGGUACUGGAUUCUAGGCGGUCGAGAUGUUGUCAGAAGAGUAUUGAGGAAGUGUAUCAUUUGUUUUCGUACUAAACCGUUAAAUUAUAGUCCUCUUAUGGGAGAUUUGCCAGCCAUGAGGUCUGUUGAUUACGGAGGCCCAUUUCUAAUUAAUGAUAGUAAAUUACGGAAUAGAAAAUUCAUAAAAUGUUACUUAUGUGUUUUCGUUUGCGGAGUCAGCAAGGCUGUACAUCUAGAGCUUGCCACAGACCUGACUGCCUCCACUUUUUUGCUAGUAUUGAAACGAUUUAUAGCCAGAAGGGGCAUUCCCAAAGAAUUGUACUCGGACAACGGAACAAAUUUUGUCGGAGCUUAUAAUCAAUUAAAGAAUAUAAGGCACGAGUUGGCUUUAUUAACAAAAAAUGAAGAAUUGCAAAAUUUUAUCACAAAAAAUAAUAUCGAAUGGCACUUCAUGCCUGCCAAUUCGCCGCAUAUGGGUGGCUUGCAUGAAGCAGCGGUAAAAUCGGCAAAAUGUCUCUUAUACAAAUUAAUUAAUAAUGUUCAUUUUACAUAUGAGGACUUUUAUACACUCUUAUGUCAGAUAGAAGGCGUAUUAAAUUCUCGUCCUCUUACCACUAUGAGUACCGAUCCCAAUGAUUAUUCCGUUUUGACCCCUGGCCAUUUUUUAAUUGGCGAGGCGCUGGUGACAAUACCCGAAAAGGAGGUGACACAACGAGCAUUCAAUUCGUUGAAGAGUUAUGAAAAGAUCUGUCGCAUCCGGCAACAAUUUUGGGAGCGUUGGAAUCUAGAAUACCUCACUAGUCUGCAGGAAAGGUCGAAAUGGCGUUCAAGCAAGGGGGUCCAACCCAAGGUCGGCGACCCAGUGUUGUUAAUGGAGGAGCAUCGCCCCCCACAAAUGUGGACCCUAGGCAGAAUCACACACCUACACCCUGGCUCAGAUGGGAUCGUGCGGGUGGUCAGCGUUAAAACACCGAAUUCGGAAGUCACAAGAGCAGUUCGUAAGGUCUGUCCUCUGCCUCUAGAUGUUGAACAGCCGUUCCAAGGGGGGGAGGAUGUCGAGUCCGAUCCUGGAAACCAGAGGAGGUCGUUAUUGCGCAGAAGCAAGAAUGAGUGACGUCGAUAUAUUUUAAGUUUUGCAUGACUUUGACAUGCAUUUUUGUAGUAGUCGCAAUUUAUGUUCUUGUAUAUUUUCACGUUUGGUUUGCAAUUAAACAUUUUACUACAGUCCACAAUUUUAUUAUGAGAGCUAUGUCGAAUCACCGAUCUUCAAAAGAGGGAACAAAGAUUGUGUGGAAAAUUAUAGGGGAAUUACUAUAAUGACUACGGCGUAUAGAAUUUAUGCAAUGAUACUGAACCAAAGACUAGAAAGAGAAAUUAAAGAGAAGAGGAUGUUGGCGGAAACACAAACGGGUUUCAGAAAAGGGAAGGAAGCGAACAACUGCAUAUUAUAUGUACCUACACAGAAUAAGAAAAAUAGCGGAAAGGUAUUCGCGUUUUUCAUGGAUUUAAAGGCAGCGUUCGACACAGUGGAAAGGGAAAAAGUAUGGAAGAUGAGAAAAUAGGCAAGAAAGUAAAGGACAGAAUGAAGGAACUAUAUGGAGAGACGAGGUUGAGGGCAAGAAUAGAAGGGAAGGAGUGUUUUGGAAAUGUAAAGGGAUGUGCACUUAGCCCAACCUGAUUUAACCUCUAUUGAAAAGCCAUGGAACAGAUAUAAAUGGGGAUUAGGGGUAAAAGGAAGGACACCAAUUUGUUCCUACAAAUCAAAUCGAAAUAAAAUUUUAGCAGACAAUCUCUACCUCAUAAAUUUUGAUUACUAUUCUUAGUGAUGUGAAAUGUUAAAUUUUUAUAAUAUAUGUACCGUUAUAAUUACAAUUUGUUGUAAUAACACCUAAUGUUCCUAUUACUUCUAUUCUAUUACAACGAGGCAAAGCCGAGUUGGACAACACGUCGUUUCGUAACGAAUUAUAUAUACAAGAUUUU